AAGCACUACACUUAUAUCUCUUCUGCUACAACUCUUCUUCCCUUUUCUCUAGUGUAUUAGGAGAAUCAAAUCAAUGGCUGAAAGUAUCUUUGGGUACCCGUUCAGACGCUUCUUCUGGGGUCAUCCUCCAAUUUUCAGAGAAUGGUCUGGUUCAACGGCCCUCUUGGAUUGGCUUGAAUCCCCCACUGCCCAUAUCUUAAAAAUCAAUGUUCCAGGAUUCAACAAAGAUGACAUAAAGGUUCAGAUUGAAGAUGGGAAUAUUUUGCACAUCAAAGGGGAUGGUGGGAAAGAGAAGACUCAAGCAAAGGAAAAGGACACUGUUUGGCAUGUUGCUGAGAGAGGGAUUGGGAAAGGGGAUUUCUCAAGGGCAAUUGAAUUGCCAGAGAAUGUGAAGGUGGAUCAGAUUAAGGCACAGGUGGAAAAUGGAGUCCUCACUAUAGUUGUGCCUAAAGAUGCUACACCCAAAUCGCCUAAAGUGCGAAACGUUCAAAUCUCUAGCAGACUUUAAACCUUUCAAAUAUAAAUAUAGUUACAUGAGUAAGAAUUUGAGAAAAAUAAAAAGAUGUAUUAUGUUGUAAACAAAUUACAUGUUGUGAUGAAUAACGAAUAUGUGGU